CCUUCGUAGACACACCAAAGCGGGAAAAAGUAAUCUUCGUAACACUUUUUCUCUUCCUCAGCCUUGCCUUCUCUGUUCCAUGGCUUAAACUCUUAAAAACCCAUUGUGUCUUUGCUGAUUGUUCCCUUUUAACUUGCACCAUAUUAUCUGAUCUGGGUUUUCUUUAUUUCUCAUUCAGAUCAUAGUUUUCCAAGAAAAAGAAAGCUUUCUUUUCUUCUUUGUUUGCUUCAGUAACCUUCGAAAGAAAUAAAGACCCGGCUUUACUUUCCCCCUUUUGCUUGUAGUAACUUCUUGUAUUGGUAUAAUGAGAUUCUGAAACAUGAGAUUUUGUUUCAAGGAGGCAGAAUAUUGAUAAACCUUCUUUGGUUGUUUGAAAACUUUAACAAUGAGAAGAGGUAGAGGAAAAGCAAAGAAGCAGAAUGUCGUCUCUUCUCUUGAUGAUCUGGGAAGCGGUGAGGAUGAAAAAAUUCCGGCUUAUAAGAGAAGAGGAAGGUCACAAAAGCAGAAGGACGAUUUCGAUGACGAUGGAGUGGAGAAGACUGAAGAAGAUGGUGAAGACUUAAAAGGUUCAGUUCUUGCCAAUGAGAUGAAAAAUCAGGCUGCCACGGAGAAUGGAGGGAAGAGGAAAAGGUCAAUGCAAGCAAAAGAAAACAUAGAUUCAAUCAAGAAAGGAAAUGGUGUUACAACAAAGUUGAGCACUGGUGACUCAACUAAACCAGUCGGAUACCGGCAAUACGGUAGCAGGCGCAAAAGCAAGCCUCGACGUGCUGCUGAAGCUGUUGUUGAGUGCAAGUGAGGUUCCAGAUUCACUGUGGAUUUUGUCUUCUUUCUUAUACCAGAAAAAAAGAUCAUUCCACAAGCAAUGCUGGCCUGUGCGUGUAUGAAAUCAAAUGUUUCUUUUUGUUGCUCGUUAUUUGUUUUUGCAGUUUUCGUGUUCCAUUUCCCUAACAGUUAAUUUUGGUUUCGAGCUAUUUCGAUAAGUAAUGCAUGUAAUAUUCUACGGAGUCAUCAAAAAUUGAAAGGAAAAAAAACAUUUUUCUAGUGAUUUUUACCAUGAGAAA